GUCAUGACUCAUGAACUUACCUCCACAGACAAUGCCCCAUUUCUCUACCAGGACACAUUAUUUUUAUUGUUUGAACAUGCCAAUGAUCUGGUUUUACUCACCGCCCUUUUCCUUCUUCCUUUUUUUAAUCACUCAUUUCUUCUUCCCAAGAAACUUCCACACGCUUCCAGUUACUCCAUCUCCCCUUUCACGAGUUUUGCUCUACUUUCAGAUUCCAGUCACUAGAUUGAUAGAUCAUGGUGGAGAACGAGCACCACCACCAGCAGCCACCAGCUCCGGCGCCGCCGCCGCCCGCCGUCCAGCAGCCGCUGGGUGCUGCCAGAGGCCCUGCUUAUCCACCUGCUGAACAACUUCUGCAGCUUAACUACUGCAUCCAUUCCAACCCUUCAUGGGCACAAACCGCUAUUCUAGCAUUCCAACACUACAUAGUAAUGCUUGGCAGCAUAGUGAUGAUCGCUUCCAUUCUUGUUCCUCGAAUGGGCGGUGACCAUGGUGAUAAGGCGCGUGUGAUUCAAGCGUUGCUAUUCAUGUCGGGAAUAAAUACUCUUUUGCAAGCAUUGUUUGGUACUAGGCUACCUACUGUCAUGGGACCAUCGUUUGCUUAUAUUUUAGCCAUAUUGUCGAUCAUAAAUGAUUUUAGAGACGAAGAUUUCUCAUCUGAACAUGAGAGAUUUCUGCAUACUAUGAGAGCUAUUCAAGGAUCCCUGAUAAUUUCAUCGUUUAUCAACAUGCUCCUUGGAUUUAGCAGGUCAUGGGGAGAAUUCACAAAGCUACUUAGCCCACUUAUUGUUGUUCCUUAUGUAUGUGUAGUUGGCCUUGGGUUAUUUGGGAGGGGUUUCCCACAGCUGGCAACAUGUGUCGAGAUCGGCCUACCUAUGCUUGUGUUUUUGGUUGUCGUUCAACAGUACAUGAAACGCCUACAUCCAGCUGCACAUCCAAUUCUCGAGAGAUUUGCGUUGCUCGUCUGUAUCGCGCUCAUUUGGGCUUUUGCAGCCAUACUAACUGCAGCUGGAGCUUACAAUAACGUUGGGGAUGCAACAAAACGCAGUUGCAGGACCGAUCGUUCUUUCCUCAUGUCAUCUGCUCCAUGGAUUAAGAUCCCGUAUCCUUUUCAAUGGGGUACCCCUAUAUUCAGAGCAAGUCAUGUUUUUGGAAUGAUGGGAGCUGCUCUAGUUACAGCAGUAGAGUCGACUGGAACUUUUAUAGCCGCGUCACGUUUCGCGGGUGCUACACCUCCUCCAGCACAUGUUCUCAGCCGAAGCAUCGGUCUACAGGGUGUUGGCCAGCUGCUUGAUGGAAUAUUCGGUUCGAUCGCUGGAACAAACGCAUCAGUUGAAAAUGUUGGUCUUCUUGCGUUAACACACGUGGGUAGUCGAAGAGUGGUUCAAAUAUCAACAAUCUUCAUGUUUUUCUUCUCCAUAUUUGGAAAGUUUGGAGCUUUCUUCGCAUCGAUUCCUCUCCCAAUAUUCGCAGCCAUUUACUGUGUCUUGUACGGUCUUGUAGCUUCUGUUGGGAUCACUUUUAUCCAAUUUACAAACAAUAAUUCAAUGAGGAACAUCUACAUAAUGGGACUAUCUCUAUUUCUUGGAAUAUCAAUACCGCAAUAUUUUGUGACUAACACCGAUGGCAACUCUGGCCGUGGACCCGUGCACUCGGGUGGUGGAUGGUUUGAUGAUAUAUUGAACACUAUAUUUGCUUCGGCUCCAGUGGUGUCGUUGAUAGUGGGUACGCUACUAGAUAAUACACUAGACGCGCACCAUGCACGUGACGAGAGGGGGGUACCAUGGUGGGGUCCGUUUCAGCAUAAGAAAGGUGAUAGUCGAAACGAAGAGUUUUAUAGUUUUCCUCUUAGGAUUAACGAGUAUGUUCCUACCAGGUUUCUUUAGACUCAACUUCUGUUUAAUAUCACUGACUCUACGAAUUGAACUUGCUGAUAA